AUGUCGCAAGCUUUACUCAUUGGAUUUCACGUGAUUUCCUGUAUUCAGUUUGCCUUCUCAGUUUAUUAUGAUUUCAACUUCACGAUUGUGCCAAAAGGCAUAAUUAAGAUGCACGGAAGCUAUGGUGGCAAAUUCAAAUUUCUCACAUUCUGGGAUGCGAUAAUUCAAGCUGUUUUUUUCUUUUUAUGUAUUCUUAAUGAUAUUUACGGAACUAAUAAAGUUGCACCGAAGCAGACCCCAUUGCUGCGGCGAAUCAAAGACUACUUUCAUGCGACGUUUAGUUUUCCACUUGCCAUGUUUGUAGGUAUAACAUUUUGGUCAUUGAUGUUUUUUGACCGUGAAUUGGUGCUUCCUAAAGCUCUCGAUCCAUAUUUUCCAUGGUGGUUAAACCAUUUAAUGCAUACAAUGAUUAUGAUAACAACGGUACUUGAAAUGAUAAGUGCGCCAAGACAGUAUCCAAAACAAAAAUCCGGGUACAUUGGACUUUAUGCGCUUAUGAUUUCAUACCUUAUAUGGAUACAUAUAAUUUAUUAUAAAAGUGGAGUUUGGGUAUAUCCAGUUAUGGAAGUAUUAUCGUGGCCGUUACGAAUCCUAUUUUUCAUAUCAUUAUUUGGGUUCACUGGAUUACUUUACUACGCAGGUGAAGUCAUUGACAAUUUAAUUUGGGGUAGUAAGAAAUCGAAGAAUCAUCAAAAGAGUAUGACCAAAUCAAAAUAA